AUGGCUUCUACCUCCCUCCUAUCGCUGAACGACGACGUUCUCAUCGAAAUCUUCUCCCUCCUAGACUGCAAGGAGGCACUGGCGACGUCGUACACCUCCAAACACGCUUAUCGACUCGCCAUAUCCCAUGCCUUUACCAGUCUGCGCUGGAGCAGAGACAAGUACAGGUCCGUGCCCGAAAACGAUUCCUCUGAGGCCUAUGCCCUGUGGGAGUACAUGCGCGCACCAGAGCCGCUUUCUCAGGUCCCUCGCGUCCAACACCUCCAGCACUUCACCACGGGGUUCUUCGAACGAGCCGAUGUACCGCUUCUGCACGAAUUUCUCAGCCACGCCUCCAACCUCCGCACCAUCGAGCUCUGGAACUUCGAAUCCUUCGUCGAAGAAGACAAAGAAAGUCUCAGCCGAGCCAUCGGCACGAUGCGCUAUCUCAAGCAAGCGAGUCUGGUGAUCAUCGCCUUUGAGACGAUCUCUCUUCUGCCAGCCAUGUUUUCAAGCUCGAAAAUUGCCUCAUUAACACUCCAUUUGACUGACUCCUACGACGAACCAUAUCACACUCCCGAGCUUGCGACCCUCAUAUCCGUCCUUGCCUCCAUCCCGAGCGUACAAACUUUUACAGUUGACUUCAGCCAUGUCUCCGUGCUACCGAACGCCUUCAGAACACCCGAUGAAAGCCUUCCCUCGAUCCGCCACCUCUCUCUCACAUGCUCCUUAGCGGUGGCCACGAGUUUCGUGACGCUGUGCCCCAACCUUCUCACGUUGUCCUUAUGGCUGCAAGGCAAAGACCCGAUAUUAUCUGUGGGGGUGGGCGACCGCUGGCCUACUGGCCUGAAGGAGCUCAGUAUUCAAUCGCCUCAUUCUAUCGUUACCAAAGACACCGCCCGACGCAUAGGACACGUCGACCAUGUAUCGUUAGGGGACACCUUAGUAUCACUAUCCGGCCCCGGUGUCCUCGACUUCCUCCCGCUGCUCGAAGCAACCCGGCCCUUCGCUCUCACACUGCAGAUGAGUCCUGUCUUGAACGAACCGGAGCACGUGUGGAAGUCCCUUUGCAUUGCCGCGCCUCACCUCCGCUCCCUCGAGGUCACAGCGGAAGGGUGCAAUGUGCGCGACUACGUGGACUCGCUGCUGCCCGCGCUGAAAGCCUCGGCGAUUUUCCACAUCGCCCUCCAUUUCCCGGCGCCCACGCACCCAUUUUUCGCCCCGAGCAUGUCCGAGAUCGAAGACCUGCGCGCGACGGAGGUCCGCCGCGUCGAGGCGCUCCUCUCUCUCCCUCCGCGGCUCGUCGCGGCCGCACCGUCGCUCCAGCUCGUCGCGCUGAGCUCCUGCAUGCCGCGGCCUGAAUCGAACAACUUCGUCAACCUGCAGGCCCGCGCGGAGCUCGCGCGCGGGGACGAGGACGAGCGGUGGUGGGGCCCGACGAGCGAGUUCGUGCGCCCCGCGUUGGGGAGGCUGCGGGAGCUCCGGGAGGAGGUCCCGCGCGACGAGCGGUGGUGGUGGGUCGAGGGCGAGGGUGCGGCGCGCCGGCCGGUGGAGAUCUGGCGGGAGGACGGUGAGAGGGCGCGGGUACUGAUCGAACGCGCGGACUUUGACGCUGCGAGGAGUUUUGACGGGUUUUAUUCCGCGAAAUGCAGUGCGUACGAUAUUUUCAGCUGCGUCUACGACCCCGCGAUCCAGGGGAAACUGAGCCCCGCUUCGGACGUGCCCCAGUUCGCGCCCCCACUACUCCAGCACGCGAUCCCGCACGACUCACCGCUCUCAAAAGUCCCCCCUUCGAAGAUGCCGACUGGGCCCUGGCCGUUCGCGUCCACCGGUGACGCGCACAAACGUGAGCUCUCGGGGAUGGCCCUGUCGCGGCUCGUAAUGGGCCCCAAAAUAGGUGUGUACAGGUAG